AUGGGUGCUUGCUUUUCAAAGGUUUUCAAUGGCUGUCCAUUAAAAAUUCAUUGUGCAACAUCAUGGAUAAAUCCAGAUACAAGAGAUCAGUACUUGAUAUUUGGUGCAGAAGAAGGUAUUUACACACUGAACCUCAAUGAACUUCAUGAAACAUCAAUGGAGCAGCUGUUUCCUCGAAGGUGUACAUGGUUAUAUGUCAUGAACAAUUGCUUGUUAUCAAUAUCUGGUAAAGCUUCUCAGCUUUAUUCCCAUAAUCUACCAGGACUCUUUGAUUACGCAAGGCAAAUGCAGAAGUUACCCGUUGCUAUUCCAGCACAUAAACUCCCUGACCGAAUACUUCCCAGGAAGUUUGCAGUGUCUACAAAAAUUCCUGACACUAAGUGGUGUCAAAAGUGUUGUGUUGUGAGGAAUCCCUACACAGGCCACAAGUACCUCUGUGGAGCACUACAGUCUAGCAUAGUUUUGUUAGAAUGGGUUGAACCAAUGCAAAAAUUUAUGUUAAUCAAGCACAUAGAUUUUCCUGUACCUUGUCCGCUGAGAUUGUUUGAAAUGCUGGUAGUCCCUGAGCAGGAAUUCCCUUUAGUUUGUGUCGGUGUCAGUAGAGGAAGAGACUUCAACCAGGUGGUGAAGUUUGAGACACUCAACCCAAAUUCUACCUCUUCGUGGUUUACAGAAACAGACACUACAGAGACAAGUGUUGUACAUGUAACACAGCUGGAAAGAGAUACCAUUUUGGUGUGUUUGGAUUGCUGUAUAAAAAUAGUGAAUCUGCAAGGCAGGUUAAAAUCCAGCCGCAAACUGUCAUCGGAGCUCACGUUUGACUUUCAGAUUGAAUCAAUAGUCUGUCUACAAGACAGUGUGUUAGCAUUCUGGAAACACGGCAUGCAAGGAAGGAGUUUUAGAUCAAAUGAGAUCACACAAGAAAUUUCUGAUAAUACAAGGAUAUUCAGGCUUCUGGGAUCUGACAGGGUCGUGGUGCUGGAGAGUAGGCCGACAGAUAACCCAACAGCCAACAGCAAUUUAUAUAUCCUGGCAGGGCACGAGAACAGUUACUGAGAAAAGCGGACAGUAGGCAGCUCACUGAGACAAGAGAACACUCCUGCUGCAGCAGCAUCUGCGGCUGGCUGAAAUUGCACAAAAAGCUGCAGUAACCCGACUUCAGUUACUUUGUAAUUUAUUGUGGUAUGAGAGGAAGACAAGAAUUGUUUGUGGUAUGGACACAUAAGCAUUAUGAUACCACAGAAGUGCUUGAUUUACUGUUAUGUAAUCUUUGUACAUAUACAGUAUUUUUCAGUGAAACUUCUUGCUGAAGACCUACACUGACUUUCUGUAGAUAGCAGUCCUCCUGUUAAGUACAAGUGUCUUACCUGUACAGAUGUAAAAGUUACUGAGGAUGCAAAAUUCAAAUCGGGGUACUAUUUUAAGGACUUCUCAUGUGUUUAUUAUAAAGUGGGAUGCUAGGAACAAAUAUAGUACAUUUAACAACACUAUUGUAUUUUAUUAUAUGUAAUUUACUAAUACAAAUAAAUCUUAACUUUUAGAAAUUG